CUGAGAGAAAGAAAAAAAGAGUGUGUAUAGUUACCCUCUCUGUAUAAAAGUCUGUGCUCAGGUGAUGCUUGCCCCACUUGAGGCACACCAAAUCACCACAGGAAGAUCAAGGUCCAUCAUGGUGCACAGAGUAGCAGUGAUCGGGGCAGGCCCCUCUGGUCUGACCAGCAUAAAGGCUUGUCUGGAAGAAGGCAUGGAGCCAACCUGCUUUGAAAGUAGUGACGACAUGGGCGGACUGUGGAAAUUCAAGGAAGUUUCGGAGCCCAACAGGGCUAGUAUCUACCGGUCACUUACAAUCAAUAUCUCAAAGGAGAUGAUGUGCUACAGUGACUUCCCCAUUCCCUCUGAUUAUCCCAACUACAUGCAUCACUCUAAAAUCCUGAACUACUUCCGAAUGUAUGCAGACCACUUUAAACUCCUAAAAUACAUUCGCUUCCAGACCUUAGUGAAAAGUGUGAGAAAAGCACCGGACUAUUAUCGCACUGGCAGGUGGGAGGUGUUGACUGAAAAGAGAGAUGGACAUGAGGAGAGGCAUGUCUUUGAUGCAGUGAUCUGCUGCUCUGGUCACUACACCUACCCUAACCUCCCACUCAAAGAUUUCCCAGGAAUUGAGACAUUUGAAGGAAAAUAUCUCCACAGCUGGGACUACAAAGGACCUGAAGACAUGUAUGGAAAAAGAGUGGUGGUAAUCGGAAUUGGAAACUCUGGAGGUGACAUUGCUGUGGAAACCAGCAGAGUUGCAGAGCAGGUGUACAUGAGCACUCGUCGUGGUGCUUGGAUCAUCCGGCAAGUUUCCGACAAUGGUGUGCCAGUUGACAUGAAGUACAACACACGCUUUGUUCAUAUCCUGUUUCAGCUAUUCCCAAUCAACUUCUUCAAUUGGUUUGGUGAGAAGAAACUCAAUGCCAUGUAUGACCACACCAUGUACGCCCUAAAACCCAAACACAGGCUCUUCAGUCAGAUCCCAGUAAUCAAUGAUGACUUACCAAUGAAGAUUCUGUCUGGGGCAGUCAUCAUCAAACCAAAUGUGAAGGAAAUCUGUGGAUGCACUGUAGUGUUUGAUGAUGGAAGUACUGUGGAAAAGGUGGACACUAUUGUAUUUGCCACAGGGUACAACUAUGAUUUCCCCUACUUGCCAAAAAAUGCCAUGUACAAGUCUGGGCACCGUGCGGGUCUGUACAAGCAUGUUUUUCCCCCAACCCUAGAGCAUCCUACUCUGGCUGUCGUGGGUUUCAUUCAUGCCCUUGGAGCCAUCAUGCCUCAGGCUGAAAUGCAGGCCCGUUGGGUCACUCGUGUCUUCAAAGGACAUAAAAAACUGCCGUCAAGCCAGUCCAUGAUCAAGGCUGUUGAAAAAGAUACAAAAAAUAUUGAAAAAAGUUACAUUGUUUCAAAGCUGACCCCACUGCAGGUGGACUUUGUUUCCUACAUGGAUGAAAUAGCUGGAGAGAUUGGUGUAAGGCCAAGCCUCCUCUGGCUCUUCUUCACAGACUACCCCUUGUUCAAGAGGGUUCUCUGGGGGCCCGUUACCGCCUACCAGUACCGGCUGACGGGACGAGGGAAAUGGGAGGGAGCCCGCAGGGCAAUCUUUACCCAGUUUGAUCGCAUGUUCCAGCCUCUAAAAACCAGAAAGCUGGAACCAGAACAGCCCUCCACUGCUCGUCGACUGGUUAAAAUGAGCUUGACUGUCAUGGUUGGAGGAGCUGCUAUCUACUACUUUCAUACUCGCAAGCCAGAUGUCAUCCCCACACUGCUGUCCAACAUGCGUCCACAAAGAGUCUGAUCAAGCUUCAGGGUCCAACAAUGAGCAGAGGACUCUGAAACACACCAAAUGAAAUAAAGAAAAACACAAAUUCUACUAUUUCUGUAGUUCUUUAAAAUAUUUAGUUCACUAUGCUCCUGUUUGGAAUUAUUGAGCAAUUAAAAAGGUGUCUGCUGA